UUAAUUUAUAACAUUUCUUAUUUAAGUUAAUUAUCUCAUUUUUAUUCAAAUAAACAAAAAACAGUGAAAGUACUUUAAAAUGGCAAACUUACCUUUCAAAGUGGAAUAUGCAAAAACAGGAAACGCCAACUGUAAAGUGUGCAAAGAAAAGAUUGAUAAAGGAAUAUUAAGGUUUGGUAUAUCAUUGCGUUCAAAAUUUUACGACGGUCAUCAAACACAUUGGCAUCAUGAGGAGUGUUUCUUUGAGAAAAUAAUACCAAAAAGCAUUUUUGAUUUUGAAAGGUUUAACGUACUGCAAUACAGUGAUAUUAAAAGACUGAAUGCAAAAAUCAAAUCCAUAUUAUCUAUAAUAAAAAACAAUCAAGAUAAAGAGCAACUUGUACAGUCAAAACCUAACAAAUUACCUAUACCAUCAUUUUCAAUUGAAUAUUCAAAAACGGGUAGUUCCACAUGUCGUAAUUGUGACCAAAAAAUUCAUAAAGAUGAGAUAAGAAUUUCUAAAUCUCAAUAUGAUCCACGAUUUGGAGACAGCCUUUUGUGGUUCCACGUUAACUGUUUUAUUAUAAAACGAGAAGAUUUGUUAUUCGAAAGAAACAUUAAUGAAAUACCUGGCUUUUUAAUUAUCAACGAAAAUGACCAAGUUCUGAUAAAUAAACAGAUCGAGACAUUAACAAACUGUGUAAGUACACAAAUAGAUGAUUCCGAUCAUUAUUUAGAGAUGAUUGAAGGAGAAUCAAGAUUAUUUGACCACUACCGAAAAGCACUAAGCGUUUUGAAUGACAAUGAACUCAAGAAACUAAUCGAUGCAAAUUCUUUAUUUUUAUCCAAAAGUCGAGAAGAACGGAUAGAUAUACUUGCUGAUUGCAUGACUUGUGGUGUUCCAGAAAUAUGUCCAGAAUGCAAACAAGGUCAAAUUGUAUUAGAUACUUUUUAUUACAAGUGCAUUGGUGAUACAAGCGCUUGGACACAAUGCACCUACAGGACAGAAACACCUAAAAGAAACCCUAUGAAAAUACCGUCUACUUUGGAAUAUAUUCAGGUUUUCAAAGAUUAUCAACACCCAGGUCUGCAGCGUCACUUUUAUAAAUUAUUUUCAAAAACCUUAGCAGACUCGGAAUCAAAUUCAUCUCAGCGAAUUCCACGAGAUAUAAAAGACGGAAGCAACGUUUCUGAACCGGAAAGAACAAAAUUAAUAAUAAAGCAUGGUAUGGAUGUGGAUCUCAAUUCGGGGUUAGGAAAUAUUGCACACAUUUAUAAAGAACAAAGUAAUUAUUAUUCUGUUGUUUUAAGUAAAACAAAUGUGGAUGAUAAUAAAAAUUCUUUUUAUAAACUACAACUGCUAGAGUCUGAUAAUAAAGAAAACUAUUGGAUAUUUCGGUCUUGGGGAAGAACUGGUACGUCGAUAGGAGGCAAAAAACUUGAAAAUUUCACUGAUUCCUGUGAAGCAAAAAAACAUUUUGAAAAAAUUUACGUACAAAAAACUAAAUAUCGAGAACUUUCAGGUCAUCACUUCAUUAAAAUACCGAGAGCUUAUGUGCCUGUUGAUAUAAACUACGAUGAUAUUUCAAUGUCAAAGAUAAAUAUUGAAAGUGAUUGUAAUCUACCUAUAGCGGUACAGGAGAUGAUUGUAAAAAUAUUUAAUACGAAAAUUAUAGAAAAUUGUUUGUUGCAAUAUGAUCUUGAUAUUAAAAGGAUGCCUCUUGGGAAAAUAUCUAAAGAACAAAUCAUAUUCGGAUAUGAAAUACUAUCAAGUCUUCUAGAAGACUUUAAUAAGGGUGUUAUUAAUAUAAACAAAAUCAAAGAUUCCACAAAUAAACUAUAUACGAUAGUACCCCAUAACUUCGGAUUGAAAUGCCCUCCAUUACUAGAUAAUGUAGAUUUAAUAAAAAUGAAAUUAGAAAUGUUAGAUAGUCUACUAGAAGUGGAAAUAGUUUAUGAUUUAUUAAAAUCCGCGUCUGAUGAUAUUGUAAGUCCCAUUGAAUCACUAUACCUCUCACUUAAUGCAGAUAUUACACCAGUAGACAAUACCUCUACAGAUUACGAUAUUGUAAGGAAAUAUCUGAAGAAUACACAAUAUUCCCUUGAUUAUACUAUUGACAUUGACGAGCUUUUUAAAGUUACGCGCGCUGGAGAAGAAGACCGCUACAACAAAUAUAAAGAACUUCAUAACAAACGUUUGCUUUGGCAUGGAUCGAGAAUUACAAAUAUUGCUGGGAUUCUAUCACAAGGGCUUCGUAUAGCGCCACCAGAAGCACCAGCAACGGGCUACUUGUUUGGCAAAGGAAUUUAUUUUGCCGAUAUGAUUUCUAAAUCUGCUCAUUACUGUUUUGUAAAUAAAAACAAUCCUAACGGUUUUGCUCUUUUGUGUGAGGUAGCACUUGGUAACUCAGAGAAAUGUUACAAAGCACAAAAUGUCACACUGACUGAUGACAUCCACUCAGUAUGGGGUGUUGGCCGCAUUCAACCGAACCCAACAGAAGAUGUUACAUUAAAAAAUGGUAUUGUAGUACCGCUUGGAACGCCAAACAACAGUGGUUCUCAGAGUAAUCUUAUAUACAAUGAAUAUAUUGUUUAUGACGUGGCUCAAGUAAAUAUAAAAUAUUUAGUACAGCUUAAAUUUAAUUUUAAAUAAAUACACGGAUUAUGAUGUCAGACUCAUGUACACAGUCGGUUUACUUUUGAGAUUUUAUUAUAUUUGA